AUGAUUGUCUUGCUGGUAACUUGCCUUGCUGCUCUUCUGUGUCCCACCGUCCACAGUGCGGACGCUUCAGUGGAAUGGUGCUAUCACAAGCCAACAUGCAAUUUUACCACCUGGCCAAAGAUUACCCCACAGUAUUGCAAUGGGUCCAAGCAAUCUCCCAUUAAUAUUGUGACUGCAAGUGUUCAGGGCAAUCCUAACCUGACCUCAUUCAACUUCACUGGUUUUGAUGACAACUCCACCUUCCGGGAUAUCAAAAACAGGCGAAUCACAGUGUUGGUUAGCCUGGAUGAUGAGAAAAUGACAGUGCAAGGAGGUGAUCUUCCAGGUCUUUACAACACUAUACAAUUCCAUCUCCACUGGGGUAACGGCAGCUCCUCGCCUGGCUCCGAACACACCGUGGAUGGCAAACAAUACCCAAUGGAGCUGCACAUUGUAAAUGUCCAUUCAAAAUACAAUAGAAAUGUGUCAGUUGCUCUAGCUGCCAACGACAGCACAGCAUUGGCUGUUCUUGGAUUUUUCAUUGAGGGAACCAAUGAAGCGAACAAAACAAAAGGUUGGAUUAGCCUAACAUCAUUGUUGUCAAGCAUCCCCAAUUCAGGUAAUACAAAAACAGACAUCAUGAAUCAAACAACACUGAACAGUCUGAUUGAAGGUGUGGACAGGACUAAAUAUUACCGAUAUCAAGGCUCCCUAACUAUACCCAGCUGUAAUGAAGCUGUGAUUUGGACAGUGUUUAAAGAACCCGUCAAAGUCAGUCAUGACUUGAUCAACCGCUUCAGCACUACUGUCUUUUUCAAAGAUGCAAGCGCUUCAGUUCUGAACACCAACAACUUCAGAGGAGUUCAGCCGUUGAAUGGCAGAGUUGUGACGUCACAGGUGGUACAAACAGCAGCAACUCCAGCAGCUUCAUCAGCGGCCACAUCCACUUUAUCUGUUAUCACAGUACUUCUCUUGUCCAGUUUGUGUUGGCUGUAGAAAUAUGCU